AUGAAGAGUGAGUGCUAUAUAGAAAAGAGGUUAGGUAACCCUCUUUAUGCCAUAUACGAAUAAGAACGCAAAGAGAAUCCUUGAUGAGUCUCUCUCGUGAGAGACGAACGAGGAUGACAUCAUUGGUACAGAAAAUUUGAUGAAAGAAGAUGGGGCGCAUUCAGUAAAGUGCGACCACCAGAGGCAGACAGUGUCGCGAGAGCGUCAAACGGGAGGCACUUUUUCAAGGGGGAGGGGGUGAAACCCUUCGGGUCAUGUGCGUCAGAGAAAGACCAAAACUAUAUAACCAUAUUCUCGAAUUGGGGGCGGAGUGGCGCACUAAUUCGAAAAAUAAGUCUCAGAUGCGCGACAAGCACACUUGACCAAAGCACUUCUCAUCAGAAGGGUCCCAACUGGCCUCGAGUUGUUACAUCACAAUUAUAAUAUUAAACCACCUCCAAUCACAAAACCCUUUCAUCAACAAAUUAUCCCAAUUAUCGAUCUAAAAACUUUUUAGAAAAUUUAAUCCAAAAAGCAUCAAAAUUAAAAUUUUUUUUUUUUGAUUAUUUUAACGUGUUUUUCGUAUGCUUUUGAUAAAAAAUAUCUAAUUAAAAACUGUGAUUAAAAUAUCGGCAAAAUCAAAACAAAUACCAAAUAAAAAAUUAGUGAUCAAACUAUGUUCUAGUGAGUGUUUUAUAUGUUUUUUUCCACAAGGAUUAACACUAUUGUAAAAUGGAUCAAACUGAGAAGAUGGAGAUAUGUGACAUUUCAAAGGCUUCUCAAUCAAGUCAACAACCAACCCCCUUUAGUAUAGCUGAUAUAUUGAGUAAUAAUGGAUUGCCCGAAAGACGACACUCCACCUGUGAAAAUAAUCGAGAAUAUGUCAAGUCAAAGAAUGAUGAUAAUGAUGAUGAUAAGACAUCAUCAAGGCAAAUAAUUGAAUGUGCGGGUGAUGCUGAUAAUAUUCAUAUUUCACGAUUCUCAUCGUCACGACUAUCUAGUCCCGAUCUUAAUAUGGCUAGAGAAUUGGAAAUAUUGAGGCGAAAUAUUGUUCAUGCUAAUUUAUCGAAUUUUGGUACACUACCUAAUACUCAAAUGAAUCAUACGAAUUUUAAACACGUGGACACUAUGGGAAAUGUUAUUGUACCAUAUCCGGAGAGUAAAGAAGCAAGGUUCGCACAAAGACAACAGGAUGAAGCUCUUGAUAUGAGCAAGAGUAAAUAUCUCGAUGAUAUAGAAGAAGACAUUUAUGAAUCACAAUCACACAGUUCGAGUCUGCAAGGACGAAAAAAGCGAAGUAGAGCUGCAUUUUCACAUGCUCAAGUUUACGAGUUAGAAAGAAGAUUCGCGGCUCAAAAGUAUCUCUCUGGACCGGAAAGAGCGGACCUUGCACGCGGUCUUAAACUCACCGAGACGCAAGUCAAAAUUUGGUUUCAAAAUCGACGAUACAAAACCAAAAGACGUCAACAACAGGAACUUGGAACUUUGGUAAAUUCGGGAACAGCGAGACGUGUGGCAGUGAGAGUUUUGGUUCAUCCUGACGAGCAUUUGAGAGGAUUACCACUUCGUGGUUCCGGACAAAUUCCAGGACAUCUCACGGGACCACAAAUUCAUCCCGCGAAUAAAGCCAUCAAUGGUUUCCCGUAUUAUUGCCUACCCUAUCAUCCACUUUUGUGUUCGCCACUGCAUUCACCCCAAAUUCAAGUUCAAACAACAAUCCCCCUAAUGGAACACGAGCCUCGAGAUACGCGAAUAUCCAAAAUAGAUAAUCAAAAAUAAAUUUUGAAAAAAUCGUAAUAAUAAUAAUAAUAAUAAAAUAAGACCCUCUAAAUUAUUAGUGACUCUUUCCAUAAUGUGUAAAAAAAAUAUAUAAUUUUUUUGAAUUUCAAAUUUCAUUCAGAGGAAUCUUUUAUAUGCGUUUAUUUUAGACAGAUAUAAUUAUUACUUGAAUUAAAUAAAAUAUAAAAUUUGUUUCAAUGUUUAAUAAAUUUUUAUUUGUUAUAAAUAAAAAAUUUAAUUUAGCACAAAUAAAAUUUUCAAUUAGACCAAAAAUAAGAUUUAUUUAAAGCAAAUGAAUAUGAUAUUGUCCUUUAAAAACCCUUUUUUUUUUGAAGGAAUUUUAAAACGGAAAUGAAAUACAAACAUUUAUUAGCUUUGCUAAUGGUAAAACAUGGCAACCUGACAUAUUCAGAAAUUGAAAGACGUCUUGAUUUUUUCUCAACGGCGCCACCUACUUUGAGUUAGUCCCAUCGGGUUUCAUUAAAAAACAAGGAUCCGACUACCUUCCCGUCACUUUCGACGUUAAACUGUCACGAUGUCAAAGGGGGAAAUUGGAGCGAUGACGUGUAAAGAAAAAGAGAUAUUUCAUUCCCCUCAAACACAAAUGGUAUUAUAUAUAUAUUUACAAAUAAUGUUCGCGUCUAUAUGAAAAAGAAAAGAGAGGGAAAUUUAUGUUAAUUACUUAAAAUUUAUUUAAACAAAAUUAGAAAUUAUUCAAAUUAAAUAACAUUAAACACAUAUGUGUAGAAAGUGCAAUAAAAAAAAAAUUUCCAAAGGUUUUACAUUGUUACU